CGCAGACCCACCGCAGCCCCCGCCGCCUGCCCCAUGGCGCUGAAGCGGAUCCAGAAAGAAUUAAGUGAUUUACAGCGUGAUCCACCUGCUCACUGCUCAGCGGGACCUGUGGGAGAUGACUUGUUCUACUGGCAAGCAACCAUCAUGGGGCCCCCUGACAGCACCUAUCAAGGUGGAGUCUUCUUCCUCACUGUCCACUUUCCGACAGACUAUCCCUUUAAACCACCAAAGAUUGCUUUCACAACAAAAAUCUACCACCCAAAUACAAAGAGUAAUGGGGGUAUUUGUCUUGACAUCCUGAGGUCCCAGUGGUCGCCCGCUUUGACUGUAUCAAAAGUCUUGUUGUCCAUAUGCUCGCUGCUGUGUGAUCCCAAUCCAAACGAUCCCUUAGUACCAGAUAUUGCAGAGAUCUAUAAAUCAGACAAAGAAAAAUACAACAGGCACGCAAGAGAAUGGACUUAGAAAUAUGCAAUGUAAAGUUUUAAACACUUUCACUUACGCCAGAGUACUGUAA